AUGGCUGAGAAAAGUAAUCAGAAAAAGACAGAAGGAUCUGAAAUGGCACUUUCUUUAUCAGAAACUCAAGAUCUCUCUCCUCAAGAUAGAACUAUUGGCUCAGAAAUGUGCAUUAGUUCAAUCCUUUCUUCGGCUACUCCAGUGUGUGAGCAGACAUCUGGCGACUCCGAUUUGAGGUCUCUGAUUGAAGAAAAUGCUUUUCAGGCUUUAACUGAGAGACCUUUAAUAAAAAGACCUCGCUUUACAUUGUGUGAUGUCGGCUCAGUAGAAGACAAUGAUUUUCUCUCUCUCACCUUCCCGAAAAAACUUUGGAAAAUAGUUGAAAGUGAACAAUUUAAGUCAAUUUGGUGGGAUAGUGAUGGGACUUGUGUAGUGAUUGAUGAAGAACUCUUUAAAAAAGAAGUUUUAGAAAGAAAAGGUCCCUUCAGAAUAUUCGAAACAGAUUGUAUGAAAAGCUUCAUUCGACAGCUUAAUCUUUAUGGCUUUAGUAAAAUGAGACAGGAUUUUCAAAGAUCUGCUUCCCUUGCUGAUUUUUUGGCAGAAGAAAAAGAAGUAUCUGUUUUAAGCAAGUUACAGUUCUACCAUAAUCCUAAUUUUAAAAGAGGCUAUCCUCACCUUCUUGUGAGGAUGAAGAGAAGGGUGGGUAUUAAAAAUGCAUCUCCAGUUCCUUUCUCAUUAGAUCAAGAUUUCGGUAAGAGUUGCCUCAAAGUAGAGGGAAAUCUAGAUAAUCAAAAAUCUGACUUAGUUCCUGAAUCUAGUGGAAAGAAUGUAUUUUCUACUUCUACAAAUUCAAAUGUGCAAAAAUCUAUACUGAGGAAGCUUGCCACUAGUAAGAAACUUACUGGCACAACUACCCGAAUUAGAAGUGGUUUUUCUACCCCACCAGCAACUUCUGUGAGACCAUCAGAACAUAUUGUUGCAGAUCAGAAUGCUAGGCUGAACCAGUUGACUCCUUUUCAUCUCCCUCAACAUAGUACCCAUACUCAAGUGAAUACUCGGGACAUAGAUUCCAGUACAGCUACAUCUGCCACAUCUCUUUAUAGGGUUAUUCCUCCUGUUCAGAAUAGUCCAUUUGGACCAAUGAUGGGACUUCCUACUUUUCCAACAAUGUACCCUGAUUUACCAGCAAUGCAGGCUCACUUAGCUAGCCUGCUGCCAUUUUGUAACCCAUGGUUCUCAAUGCCUAUGAUAGCUGCUGCAUCAGCUAUCUCAAUGUCUAGAGCUUCACAUCAUAACCGAACCCCUUCAUAUCAUCAUUGCCCUAACUGCAAUUGUUCUUCAAGCAAUGUUCCAUCUGCCAAAGGGGCUCCUAAGGGUAAUGAUUAUGCAGGAUACCAAAGAUAA